ACACACGCACAGAAACCGUGGGCUGCAGCCUCAGACACAGAGACACCGGUCACCAGAGAGGGAGGCCAGCCGCGCCGGUGAAAACCGAGAGAGGGGAGGGAGAGGAGAGAGUGACAGACAGCAGAGAGGGAGGAAGCCGGCAGCGACCUCCUACCCAACAAACCUCGGAAGCAAACCCCAUAAAAUGAAUUCAGACUCCAGCCCGAGUAGCAGAGCGUCUUCCCCGGACAUGGACAGCAUGUUUCUCCGAGACCACCACCAUCAUCUCCAUCACCACCUGCACCACGGAGGCUCCUCCGUGUCCUCGUCCACGCAGGGCGGCGAGCAGCGGGGGAAGGGAGGGGAUCUGCUGCGCUCCCCGGAGGACAAGUGCGUCUCUGUGGGCAGCAGCAGUAGUAGUAGUAGUAGUAGUAGCAGCAGCAGCAGCAACAAGUACAAGCUCAAGAAGCAGGUGACCGAGGAGGAGAUGUUCCAGCUGCGCCUCAAGAUCAACGGCCGGGAGAGGAAGCGCAUGCACGACCUGAACCUGGCCAUGGACGGCCUGCGGGAGGUGAUGCCCUACGCGCACGGGCCGUCGGUGAGGAAGCUCUCCAAGAUCGCCACGCUGCUGCUGGCCAGGAACUACAUCCUGAUGCUCAGCAGCUCCCUGGACGAGAUGAAGCGGCUGCUGGGGGAGAUCUACGGCGGACAGCACUCGGCCUUCCACUGCGGCGCCGGUGCGCACCCCGGCGGACCCGCAGCAGCCGCGGCCGCGGCCGUGGCCGCGCACCAGGUGCACCCCCUGAUCGGGAGCGCGCUCACCUCCUCCUCCCCCAGCUCGUCUCUGUCCAGCGCGCUCCCGGGGCUCACCUCCCUCACGUCCAUCCGAGCCCCGCACGGGCUGAUGAAGAGCUCCGGGGCGCCGGCCCCGCCGGGCCUGCAGCCCCCGGGCCUGCAGCCGCUGGGCUCCGGGUUCCAGCACUGGGCCGGCCUGCCCUGCCCCUGCACCAUCUGCCAGGUGCCCCCUCCUCCUCACAUCCCCAUCACCUCCAGCGGCCUGACGAGACUCACGGGGGAGGGCAAGGACGGCAUGAAAUGAUGCCAGGCGCACAGACUGA